AUACGAGAAAGAAAGGAGGAGAGAGGCCGUGCAUCGGAGCGAACCGCGAUCAGAGAGAAAAAACAAAGAAAAGGGGUCUUCAAUUUUUUGAUUCAGGAAAUUUUCUGUGGGGAAAAUAAGGAUCGUAAAAUACAGAGAAAUGUGAAGGAAAGUUUUUGUAGAGAUAAGAAGCAAUGGCAGGAGAAACUACAUGGGUUUCAGAUGGGAAGUGUGAAACGAAAAAGAAGAAAGAAAAAUAAAGCUGAGAGUAUUAUUGUUGUGAUGAUAAUUUUUCGUCCUGAAUCUCAAUUGUGGGAGCUCCAAUAAGGUCAGCCCAUUGAUAUUCUGGUUUAUGUGAGCUCAUUUAUUCUUCAAGUUUGAAUCUUUACUUUCUUUUGAUUCAUUAUUUUUGAAGUUCAAAUUCGAGAAUAAAAAUCUGAACUUGAACUUGAAAAUUCAAGCUUGAAUCUUCAAUUGAGGGAGUGGCAUUUGGGUGUGGUGGGAUUUGAGGAUAUUGUUGAAUUCUGGUUGUUUACUUAGAGUUGCAGGGACGUAUCUUAAUUUGAUUUUGAGAUAUAGGUCAAUAAAGGGUUUUCUUUGUAUCAUAGUAUACGAAGUAUCUGAAAUCUGGGUUUUUUGGAGGGAGGGUCGGUUUUAAUUGAAAAUUGAGAUCUCAUGGUAUGAAAUCACUCACCCUCCAAUUGUUCUUGUUCGAGAUGGGUUUGAUUUAACAUUUUUUGGGCUACUAGAAAGGUGCAUGUUUAUCAACGGGUUAUUGGGAGAUGGAGUAUAAUGGCCCUUAUUUUACUCCACUGUUCUGUAUCGUCGCUGUGGUAGCUUGUAUUUUUGGUUUUAUGGAUUUUUAGUGUGGUGAAAGAGGAGAAAAAGAGAGAUGCAACCGCCUCAUCAGCAUUCGCGGAUCAAUCUCGUUGAGUUGAAAACUCAGAUAGUAAAGAAACUUGGGCCUGAAGGAUCCAAUCAGUACUUUUAUUACUUACAGAAAUUCUUGAAUUUGAAACUGAGUAAGGUUGAUUUUGACAAACUAUGUCUGAGAGUUCUUGGACGGGAGAACAUUUCACUUCACAAUCAGCUUAUUCGUUCAAUACUUAGAAAUGCCUGUUGUGCAAAGUCUCUGCCUCCGGCGUGUCAUAGGAAUGAUGCUUCGAAACAUGGUAUGCAUGUCGGUAUCCAGGAGAUUCGUUCUGAUGGUUACCAGCAAAAUGGGUCCCACAUUGUCAAGGCUCCGGCUUCUGGUUCACCAGGUUUGUCAAAUGGAGAUGACAUACUCCGAUUUCACCAAAGAAAACAAGAUCUGGUUUCCGUGAUAGGAGAGGUGGGGGACCGUCGAAGCACUCUUGGACCAAAUGGAAAGACUAGUUUUCCUCCUCUGGUGGCUGCUACCACUCAGCCUAUAUUGGAGAAUGGGGAUCUGAAACUACCUGGUAGUGGGAUAUCGGUGCAAGAAGCAGAGGAUGAAAGAGAAAACAUGGCUUCCCACUCUGCUAAAUUGCCGGCAGUGAGGAAAUCACCAGACAGCCCGAGAGGUGUACAUAGCAAGGAGCAGAUGGAAUUGGUAGGUAACCAUGGUAGGAAAGAGGCUUCUUCAAGGAGUGUACUUCAAGCACCCCUUGGUGUUCCUUUGUGUACAGUUAGCAUCGGUGGAGCUUGCAGAGCUCUACCUUCUGCAAGGUCUAAAAGGAGUGUCAGUGGACUGUGCCACGUACUGAACCAUGGGUUAGAUUCUUAUAUCAAGGGAUUAAUUAGGUCUUGCAUUGAACUUGCCGGAGCUAGGUCGGGGCAUGAAUCGACAAUGAAUAGUUCCAACAAGAGCCCCACUCCAGUGAAGCUAGAUAAUGGUGUCAAACCUGGUCAUCAGCAUCAAAUGCCAAAUGGCAGGACACAUCCGAAUCAGAUGCUGAAUAAUGGUGCAGAUAAGUAUCAGAUGCAAGAACAGAAAGUCCUCCACAAAAUUUCGUUGCAGGAAUUUAGAGUGGCUAUGGAGCUGAAUCCACGGCAACUUGGCGAGGACUGGCCAUUGUUACUAGAGAAAAUAUGUACCCAUGCAUUUGAAGAAUGACAUAGAGACAGAAUGUUCUUGCUUCCCCAGUUGAGUGAAGUGGUCCCUGCUGGAUUGAAAGGCAUGAUAUUUUCCACCUUCGUGUCCUUUACUUUCUCCUGUUCAUGGCCUUUGGAACCAGCAUAGAUAUCUUAAAGUUCAAUUCCAAGAUAAUGGAGGACCAAACUACUCCAGGGCUUUCUUUAAUUGGGAGAGCCCAUCAUCGGCAACUAUCAGAUCAGAAGAAUGCCUUGAAUUAGGGUGCGCUGUUGUAUAAUUAGCAUUAUCCCAACUUAUAAUUUUUUUUCCUUUAUCCUGUAAUUUACAGCCAAGUGAGAAAUUCUAGAACAGUUUUGCAGGAAUAAUUUGUUAGUCGUCAACACAAAGGGUGGGAUUCUGUGAUGCAAUAGACAAGUUCAUGUACCUUCACCACCAAUAUUGGUUGGAAUUUAUUAUAAACAACACGGUUAACCAA